AUGGAGUAUCAAAUCUUGGCCGUUAAAGUUAGGUCUCUUCUUAUGCUACCAUUACUACGAUGGAAGAGGGAUCCUGCACUUGCGGCAAUGAGCGUUUGGUCACUACAAGGAGCGAUCAUUCCUAUUUUGUUCAACCUCCAUGCACAGACAAUGAUACAUGGAAGGCCACUCUUAGUUUCUAAGCAUGUUAUUUUUGUAUCUGGAAUCAUGAGCAUCUAUGCAGUAGUUGCCGCACUAUUUAAGGACAUCCCUGAUGUUGAGGGAGAUAAGAUAAAUGGAGUUAACUCGUUGGCAUUGAAAGUCGGGACUAAACCAGUAUUUUGGCUAUGUAUAGGGCUCCUUGAGAUGGCAUAUGGUAUGGCUAUAUUAAUCGGGUUGUUAUCAACCGGUUUUUGGACUCGAUCGAUGAUGGUGAUCGGUCAUAGCAUUCUUGGUUUUACACUUUGGAGAGAAGCAAACUUGGUUGAUCUGAAAAACAAUGAGGCCAUUGAAUCAUUCUACUUGUUUAUUUGGAAGAUUGUAAUAUCCACGUUGUGGCAUUUACACAUCACGAGCAUCAAUCUUUAUUGCAGUUAUAUGGUGUGGAGUAUUUGUUGGUGCCCUUUUCAAGAUUUUGAGCAUGGAGAAGCCUCAAGUGAUGUGUGUUUUAUCAUGGGGGCUACUCUGGUGGCAUUCUGUUGCUUCAUCCUUGCUUAUGCUCGACGGGAACGACGAGGGGAAGGAGGUAGGGAACCAGUGACGAUCAGAAACAGCAGCACUACCGAUGAUGGAGGCUGUUGGGUGCUUCUCUUGUUGGUAGUGGGUUGUGGGUGGCUGUUUCCGACGGCUUUUGGCAAGGGGGGUUCAGUGGGGUAUUUGGCAACAGGUUGGUGCUGGUGGAACUCAACCAAAACAGUGGGUGUGCAGUGGAUCUUGGUGAUGUUCAGUGGUCAUAAGGGUGGCGGCAGUGAGUGGUUCACGAUGCUCAAAAGCCACCGGUGGUGGUUUCAAAUCUGA